GGGUGGUGCAGCGGUACUUUCAGGAAACAAGAGCUAAAGUAAACAGCAGAGCACACUACCAAGCUGGACCCUCUGCCGGAGAUCUGACAACUGAAGAAGAGGGGCAAGAGUCGCACGAAAAGCCGAAAAUGGAGACGGGUGCUUACGGUGCAUCGCUGGCCGGAGGAGCCUUUGAUUUCUCGGGCUUUAUAAAGCAGCCGCAAACGAUACUCCGGCUGUUCAGUUGGCUCUUCUCCAUAGUGGUGUUUGCUACCAUCGUUUCUGAAGGCUACUUAAACGAAAGUAGUGGAAAAGACACCAAGUGCAUUUUCAAUCAGAGUGACAGUGCUUGCAGCUAUGGAGUGAGUAUCGGAGUUCUAGCCUUCCUGGCCUGUGUUAUCUUUAUUUUGCUGGAUGCCUACUUCCCCCAAAUCAGCAAUGCCAAGGAAAGGAAAUACAUCAUCCUGGGUGAUCUUGUUUUCUCUGGUGUAUGGACGUUCCUGUGGUUUGUGUGUUUCUGUGUUCUAGCUAAUCAGUGGUCAAACACGGUCAGUACGGGUGGCAUCCCUGCUGAUGCGGCCCGAGCUGUGGUGACCUUCUCCUUCUUUUCCAUUGCCACCUGGGCGCUGCUUACCGUGUUUGCAUUGAAACGAUACCGCCAAGGAGUGGACAGUUUUGAUACAGGCUACACUGAUCCAGUAAGUGACCACACUUCCCCAUACCCUGCGGCAUAUCCCUACCCUGCCGGUGCUUCACAGAGUUACCAGCAGUCCCCAUUCGCAACCACUUCUUCUGGAGAGGGAGGGUACCAGCCUCCUGCCUACUAAGGGAUGGCUGUUUCGUGUCCUUACAAGCAUCGAGAAGGUAUUUUAACACAAUUCUGAAAGGCUCAUCUGUGUAGACUGAUUCAUACUCUCCACGCCACUGUUUUACUUUUCUAUAAGAGUUUAAAUUAUGUCCUGUGGUUGACACUUGGUAUGCUUUGACUGUGUGUAUUUUUAUGUUUUAAAGAGCAUGAAGAAGUUAUUUAUUUUUAUUUUGUUCUGAUUCUAGUAAAUGCUUAAUAUAACCCUAAGUGCAAAAUUUAUUUGCACAUUUGCAGAAUUAUCUUAAUAAUUGUAUUGUUGGUUUAUUCCAAAUUGAGUUCCACUGAAAAGAUUGAAUAAUAACUGCAGGUUUUACAUUUAGAAGAUGAUCGAUUUCAUGCUCUACACAAUUAUAUAAUAUAAGAAAAAUUUAACAGUCACUAUAGAACAAACAUGCAGUGGUUUCCUUAAAAGUGGCUUGGUUUCCAAACUGGUGUUGGAAAAAAAAAAAAAGCAAAAUCAGAACAAAACUACUGAUAUGCUCAACAAACUCCAUGUGCCAAAUACAUUAACACACAUCAGUGCUGUACUUUGAAUUUGUUGCCAAAUGUCUUUGUUGCCAUAAAAAGGAAAAUAAACCUUUCUAUGCACUAAAUGGUUUUAAUAACUUCACUCUUCUUGAAACUGAAUGAAGAGCUCAUUGAUGAGUUGUUAGACUGAUGUUGUGAGGUAGGAAAUUGACUACCAAAGAAACUACUGUAAAGUGCUUAAAUUUCAUUUGUAACAAUGGACCGUUUACUUGUGUAGAUAAGCCUUAUUUUUGUAUACUUUAUGCACCUGAUUGUCAAAAUGUUAAUCAUAAAAUGUAAAAUUGCUCAAAUUCUAGCAAUUGUUUUUUUUUUUUUUCAGAGAAGAUUUCUACCUCUUACAAUUAAAAUUGUGCCUUGUUUUGAAUUAGUAUCUUGGCAUUUUCAAGGAUUUUUUCUGUAAAUGUAUUUCUGCUUGACUAUUUUUAGACCACUUUUACUACCCUAAAUUUGGAAAUUGGAAUGCAAAAAUGAUAAGAAAUAAGAAAUGAUAAUUACUAGAGUUGUUUUGUUCAAGGCAGACAACUUUAUUUCAUUUUCACAAUUCUGUUCUUAGCACAUAAUUGGUUUGUAUUCCUGUUUUUUUAUUAUUGCAACUCUUACUUAUUGCAACAUUCUCUUUUUUGUAAAGAAAUGCUGUCCAAUAAACACUUGAUUGUUUGAAUGUUAACACA